AUGCCGCAAGUCACGACCGACCUUUGCAAUCUCCACCUCAGGCUUCCUGUUUGGUUAAGCCGACAAUCCCUUUGUGAUGUUGGGAACCCUUCGCCGGGCGCAGUCACUGGCGCACAUAUGCUGUUGCCAUCGCUUGCGUGUUGGCUGAGGCCCCUGACUGGGCGUCUUUGCGUUCCUGUUUGCGCUCGUGACCUCAUUGUUCCUGAGACCUGCAAAUACCAAGGUGCUGCGUUUGGCUGCUGUGUAGACAGUUGUGCUGGCCGAGCGUGCUCCUUGUGGUUGCAGUCCUCUCUUCACAGCAAUCCCCUGCUUGCCCCCCUGGCGUCUGCCUUUGACUUGUGGUUGGCUUGUGUCAACGCCUUUUCUUGGGUCUUCUUUGGCGCUCGGUGCUCGACUCCACUUCGGCUCUUCUCUCUCUUUGGAUCUUCCCUGUCGCAGCUCGCCCGCUGGAGGCUGAGCAUAGUCCACGGCCCUUUGCGCGCGCCAUGUCUUGCAGAAGCGAAUCUAGGUUCCGUCAUGGCUCUCGUUGGCGCUUGGUUGUGGCGAAGCUUGGUUGGUGCGGAGCACGGUGCAGUUGGUGUGUUGCUCUCCUGGGGAGCCUGUGCCACUGCUGGCUUGAUAGCGCUACUCUUCAGAGCCUGGCCUGUGAAGGGUGGUCGUUGCAACAUGGACCCUGCUUUGCGUUUCGUUCGGAGCCUGCUCGGUCCUUGCUUUUGCAUGUGGAUUUGCGCUGACUUUGCAUCUCCUGCUGCGGCCGCCGCAGGUGGGCCCUUCGUGGGGCCAAUGCUGACGCAUCCUGUGCCAUGUGUUGACCAGGCGGCUUCUGUUGGCAAUGACCUGUUCAAGUCGGGCAAUGAGCACGUCGGGCCUCCUGAGCAUGGUGUCAGCUUUGCCUUCCGCAGUUGGCAUGGCCUUGUCUUGUGUAAUGCGAGAGCGUUCGGAUUAGCGCAGUGUAAGUGA